AUGUUAGAAAAAAAGUUUGCUGACAUUGACAAGAAAUUUGAGAAUGUUUUGAAGAAGAACAAGAGGAAGUUAGAAAAUGCUCAGAUAAAGCCUAUACAUGAAAAGUUCUUAUUUGCUCAGAAUGGUAUAACAGGUCUAAUCGCACCACCUGGGUCGGGUAAGACUUUCACUUAUCUUAAAAUGGCUGCACAACAACAAGAACUAGAUGAGAAGAACCCAUUCUAUGAGUUAGUUGUUAUUUGUAGUACUUCUGGUCAAUUUGACCAGACCGUCAAUUCGUUCAAAGAUAUUAUAAAGAAGUCUAAGUUAGUAUGUAUAAAAGACUCUGAGUUGUUAGAUUGGAUAAAGAAGUACCAAAGAAGAGUUUUGAAGUACAAUGCUAUAAAUGAGUAUAUAAAUUCUAAGUUUAAAGACCCAAAUGAGGAAAUGCAGAGAAUAUUAGAGAAGAAACACUUCAGAAACAAACAGAAAGAGAUAGAAUACAUUUCGAAGAAAUUGCAAUCUUACGAUUGGAAAAC